AACCAUCACCCGCCCACACGGAGCACGCUCCACGCCCCGCGCGGAAAAGACGGAGAGAGAACAAAAAAGUUAGGGGGGGGAAGAGGAGACUCGGCGGCCCGAACGACAAGCGCUGACGCACGUACGUCGGCAAGUAAUGUACCAGGCCAUCCCCUACAGCAGCGCCCGGCCGUGGCUGAUGCCGGCGGGCGAGGCGGCCGCCGUCGUCGCCGUGAAGCCGGAGCCUGAGCCGGCGGCGGCGGCGACCGUCGCGGAGGAGCGCGCCCGGGCCGACGCCGCGGGCGGGACGGACGACGACGGCGACGGCGGCAGGGCGGAGGUCGGGAGGGCCGUGGCGGAGAGCCCGGUGCUGGUGGUGGGGCGGCGCGGGUGCUGCCUGAGCCACGUGGUGAAGCGGCUGCUGCAGGGGCUCGGGGUGAACCCGGCCGUGCACGAGGUCGCGGACGAGGCCGCGCUCGCCGGGGUCGUCCCGGCCGGCGCGGAGGCCGCCGCCGCCGCGCUGCCCGCGGUGUUCGUGGGCGGGAAGCUCCUCGGCGGGCUCGACCGGCUCAUGGCCGUCCACAUCUCCGGCGAGCUCGUGCCCAUCCUCAAGAAGGCCGGUGCCCUCUGGCUCUAAUUUUAAAUCUGUCAGGCAGGCGUAUCUCUUCCUUCUUCGUUUUCCCUUUUCUCCCCCUUCCGGAAAACGAUUGGCGUCGUGGUUUGGCCGUUGGACCGAGUUAAGAUUACAUCACGCCGCCACCGCCGCUGAUGGAUGCGUUGGAAUAGGGCUUUGAUCUCUCUCUCUCUGUUUUUUUUUUCAUUUGCUUUAUUAGGGGAAACAGAAGAAGAAGAAAAAAAAGGAAUGAUGAGAAUUCUAAUCACAUAAUUUAGUCUAGCUUUAUCUGGUGGGUAGCGUGUGGUGAUGACUGCUCGCUUCGCGUCGCGCUUCGUCCAUCAUGUACAGUCGUUUCCGUUUCAGAUUCUAGUGAGGAAUGAGCUGUCCAGUUUCCCAUUCUCCCGUGGCCUGGACCAUUUGCG